AACAUAAUAAAACCCAAAACACACACACACACACUUAGCUCCUUCCCAUUCUGGAUUUAUUCACAGCUACUGUACUCUAUUCAAACCAAACCAUUUCAUCUGUAUGUUUGGUUGCAGUACUAAACAAAUUCCACUGCAUUUUGUAGCUUUUGCAAGACCAAUGUGUAAGGCUGGUGAGUUGCAUUGAUCAUGGCCUAAUUGUAAAAGUACUAAUGGGAAAGAAAGGAUCAUCAUCAGGAUCCUCUUCCUGGUUAACUGCUGUAAAAAGAGCCUUCAGAUCUCCUUCUAGCAAAGACUCCCCUGAGAAAAGAAGUACAAGAAGCAGAAAAGAUGAACAACCCUCUCCUCAAUAUCCCCAGCCCUCUGAUGAUGACAAGAAGAGGGAGAAACGCAGAUGGCUCUUCCGAAAGCCUUCCAAUGUGAUUGAUAAUAAUGCAUUAGUCCCACAGACACCGGCAAAUGGUUUAGUUGAAGACAGGCAUCAUGCCAUUGCGGUGGCUGUGGCUACUGCUGCAGCUGCUGAGGCUGCAGUGGCCUCCGCUCAUGCCGCCAUGGAAGUUGCUCGCUUGGCCAGGCCUUCCACCGUGCCCCAACAUUACAAUAAUUAUGAUUAUGCUGCCAUUCUCAUUCAGACUGCUUUCAGAGGAUAUCUAGCAAGGAGAGCUCUCCGUGCACUGAAAGGGCUUGUAAAGUUGCAAGCUUUGGUGAGGGGACAUAAUGUUAGGAAGCAAGCAAAGAUGACUCUUCAAUGCAUGCAAGCUCUAGUUCGCGUGCAGGCCCGAGUACUCGACCAACGCAUGAGACAAUCAAAUGAUGGCAGCAGGAAGUCAGCAUUCAGUGACACUGCUAGCUUGUGGGAGUCACGAUACCUUCAAGAUAUUUCUGAUAGAAAAUCAAUGUCAAGAGAUGGAAGUAGCAUUGCUGAUGAUUGGGAUGACCGCCCACACACAGUUGAGGAGGUGAAAGCGAUGCUACAAAAUAGGAAGGAUGCUGCUUUAAAGCGUGAAAGAACUCUGUCUCAGGCCUUCUCUCAACAGAUGCGGAGAAGUGGUAGAAAUUCAUCUAUAGGAAGUGAAGCUGAUAUUGGAGAAACAAACCAACGGCGUGACCGAUUGACGAAUGGCAAACAAUGGGAUAGCAGGGGAAGAUCUUCCACUGAUCAAAGAGACCAGAUUAAAACUGUUGAAAUUGACACAUCACAACCUUAUUCUUACUUGGCUCCCAACUAUAGUCGAGCAAAUCAAAAUCAAUAUUACCUACAACAACAGCGGCCCAGUUCUCCUCUCCAUAGAGCGCAGAUUAAUCUACAGCACCAGUCCCCCGUCACACCAUCCCCUUCCAGAACAAGGCCCCCCCUUCAGGUGCGUUCUGCAAGCCCUCGUUUUGUGAGAGAAGAAAGAAGCUACCAAGCUUCUCAAACACCAAGCUUGAGGUCUAAUUACUACUACAAUGGUGGGUUGCAACCUACACGAGGCUCCACAAGUGGAGCUGGUGGCGUUCCAAUACCUAAUUACAUGGCCGCAACCGAAUCUGCCAAGGCCAGAAUCCGUUCGCAGAGUGCACCGAGGCAGAGGCCAUCAACCCCGGAAAGAGAACGAGCUUCAUCAGUGGCAAAGAAGCGUCUAUCCUACCCAGUACCUGACCCAUACAAUAUUGGAGCCAGAUACAGUGGUGGUUAUGGACACAGUUUAAAGAGUCCAAGCUUCAAGAGCAUUAGUGGAGUUAAUUUCGGGAUGGAACAACAGUCUAAUUACUCCUCUUGUUGCACGGAGAGUCUUGGUGGUGAGAUAUCUCCUUCGUCAACCACUGACCUCAGGAGGUGGCUGAGGUGAUGAUUAUUGAGUUGAUGACAUAUCACUAGAAAGCUUACUCGUCUAACUUCUUAGGUUAGGGUUCCUAGCUUAUGCCAUUACUCUCCUCUUUUUAUUUUUCCUCGAGGUUCAUUGGCAAAUUGACAGGCCAUCAGGUAUUAGUGUGGUGUGAAUUGUAUGUUAAUUCGUAGAGGGUUGGUUAAAUAAACAAACUGUGAAGUUGAAGUUGUGAUUCUUGAAUGUAGUUUUGACUGUAAUUUGUUUCCCACUUCAAACAUUGGUUUCUUUCUGCUUUGUCUGUUAAAUAAACAAAUUGUGAAGUUGAAGAAGGCAUGAUUCUCGAAAGUA